CGGACGGUCGGGAUCGAAUAACGGAACUCGGCACUUGCGCGCAUCCUCCGCUCCAUGCGAUCGAGACGUAGAAAUCAAUAGUGCCCCUGCGCCCCGUCGUCUCCGUACGCCCAUCAUUGGGGCCCACACAAUCGAACGCUAGUGUCCGUCCGAUGGGACCCAUCGCAAGAUUUGACCGCUCAUCUCUGCGCUUCGCUCAGAGAACGAACGACUCAGAUCGACUCCAAAUCACUCCCUGCACCGAGUCGAUCAAAUCAUCCGCAGACCACGCGAGGCAUUGAUCGGAUCGCAGAGGAGGGGUCUACGGAUUAUGUGGCGGACGGUGGCUAAGCGAAAAAGCACUUCAACUGGUUCAGGAAUGCGACGGAAAAGAAAACGGCCGUUAAGGAGGCUAUAAGUAGGCGGUGAGGACGGAGAGGGGCGCCUUUAAGUAUAGCUUGUGCUGCUAAUUUGGGCUGUAACGUGAAAACCGAAGACGGGGAGAGCAGAGUUUCCGUUUUGGGGCCACGUUCGAACCCGCGCCGAAUUCUCGUCGCGAUUUGGAUCCAAUCCGCCGACUUGAAGAGCCGCAUUCCACAGAUCCCCUCGGAUUUCCCCUUCCCCAAUUCUCGCCGCGUGUCCACCUCCUCCCCUCUUUCUAUCCCCCCAUUUUAGUUGGAGUUACAAGUUAGAGAGAGAGAGAGAGAGAGAGAGAGAGCGGGGGGGGGAGAGGGUUAUUAUUUAUAAGCGAGGUUAGGGUUCCGUCCCCGUCCAUCCCAUUCUGGUGAGUUCUUGGAGAGAGGAAGCGAAGAUCAAAGAGGUACUUUGUGCAAGAAUUUCGAUAUCCAAAUGGAGGAAUAGUUGAGCGUGGGAAAGCCAAAUCUCGUGUCGGCGUGGAGCCGCGGGGCAGGAUCGGAAAAGAAGAGAGAGAGAGAGAGAUCAGGGAUCGGGAGUAGGGAUCAGGAAUUGAUCAAUUGUAGGAUAAGAUGUUGGCCUGCAUCGCGUGCACGAAAGAAGGCGGAGAGGACAGCGCGCGUGCUGCGGCGACGCCCAGUACCAAAGAUGCCGUCAAAUCCCUCACCACCCAGCUGAAGGAUAUGGUAUUGAAGUUCUCCGGAUCGCACCGCCAAUGCAAAGGCGGCACGGCCGGGAGCUCGUCGUUCCGCUCCAAGAGCUUCCACAACCAGCGCCGCAUCCACCGCAGCGGCUCCUACCCGGGCACCGACGAGGACGAGGGAGCCUUCUCCGACGCCGGAGGAGGGGGAGGGGGAGGGGGAGGGGGUGGGUACGCGUAUAGCUCUAGCUCGACGCCGGCGUGGGACUUCACAAACGUCGGCGGAAGCGGCGGCGGCCGAUGGGAGGAUUCGAGGUAUAGGACGCAGUGGGGCUCGGCUGCGGCCGCGGCGGAGGUGGUGGUGAUGGAGGAUGACGGAUUGCCGAAGGAGUGGACCGCCCAGGUAGAGCCCGGCGUCCAGAUCACCUUCGUCUCCCUCCCCGCCGGUGCCGGCAACGACCUCAAGCGUAUCCGAUUCAGCCGGGAGAUGUUCAACAAGUGGCAGGCGCAGAGGUGGUGGGGGGAGAACUACGACCGCAUCAUGGAGCUCUACAACGUCCAGAGGUUCAGCCGCCAGGCUCUCCCAACUCCGCCCCGCUCCGACGACGGCGACAGGGAAUCGUUCUACUCUCGGGUGGGCUCUACCAGAGGCAGCCCCGGGAUGCCGACGCCUCCUCAUCCUCUGCCUUCUGCGGGCAAAGAGCGGAUGGUCUCUCGGAGCGCACACAGACAUCCGCAGCCGCAGCCGCAGCCGCAGCCGCCAACUGCUUACGGCAAAGCAGCGUACUACUAUCCGUCGACAGUGCCGGAUCCUUCUGAUCACAUCUUCCCUCCUUUCCUCAACACCCUCCAUGCUGGCAUCGGUAUUGGAGGAGGCGCCUCCGCCGCAGGCACUUCAGGUGUGAAGGUCGAGACGUCGUCGGUGGAUGCUUCGAGAACCACCACGUCGUCUAGAGACGAAGCCUCGAUCUCCAUCAGCAACGCGAGCGAGCUGGAGGCGACAGAGUGGGUCGAGCAAGAUGAGCCCGGCGUGUACAUCACCAUCAGGGAGUUGGCCGACGGCACUCGGGAGCUCCGUCGGGUCCGAUUCAGCCGGGAGAGGUUCGGAGAGAUGCAUGCCAAGGUGUGGUGGGAGGAGAACAGAGAGAGAAUUCAGGCUCAGUACCUUUAGAAACAACAAAGCCCCCAUCCUCGAGUCAGUAUUUAACAUACCAUUCGAGACUAACCUUUUCUCUAGGAGCAAGAUCACCAACAGUCAUAAAGGAAAUUGACAGAAAGAUACCAAAAAAACCACCAAAAAAGAAAAAAACACAAGUCAGUAGAAAGCAGGAAGAGAGAUUUUUGCCUCCCCUACCUCCCCUCCCCCUCUUGCAUUUAGGAGCAUAUAGAUGGAUGGAUGUUCUUUCCUUUUCCUUACCAGAGACAAGCGAGGAGCUCUGCUCGCUUUGUAAUAUGUUUUAUGUCAAGGCUGAAUUUGGUUUUCCGUCUUA